AUGUCGAGGUUCCUUCGCGUAAAGAACCACUCUUUGAAUGCCUCAGGCUAUUCAGGAGAUAAUGAUAACCUUCAUGGCAGCUUACGCACACGAAUCAUAAGCUCAAGGGUGGGAAAGCACACAGCAGAUUUCUUGGAACGAAAGCUCUCGGCUGUUGCUAGCAAGUAUCUCAAGGGACCUUGUAAACAAGCACGACCUGAGAUCAUCAUCCAACAGCUUUUGCAUGACUCAUCCGAUACAGCCAGCACCUAUUCAGGCUCCACAAUCACCACAUGGCGUGGAUCGUUGAAUACUGAAGAUGCUGCAAGAAUAUUGCCGACCAUCUCGCCUAACGAGGUACAAUACCAAGAACUCAUGUUUGAGCUCAUGGUUACGGAAGAGGGUUAUUUUACCGAUCUUCGAAAUCUGAUGGAGGAUUUUGCCAUUGCUAUUCUAAAUUGGGAGCACUUGCCCACUUGUCUACGGGUAGUUCUGGAGGGAAUAUCGGACAUUGCAAAGUUACAUGGUUCCCUCCUAGGGGAGCUACAAGAGACCGAUGCAAAGAAUGGCCGUAUUAUCAUUGAUGCAAUUGAUUUGUUCGAAAGAUAUAUACCUCACUUUUUCAACAUUUACAAGGAUUACUUUCUCAAUUUUGAGCCGGCAAAUAAUCUCAUCGCUGCAACGUUGGAAGAUCCACAUGAUGCUACCAAGCGAGAAUUACGUGAUUUCAUCCUUGAACGCAUGUCCGAGCCUAAAUAUCGAUCCCUUACGUUACAAGCAUUCCUAUUGAAACCAGUACAACGGCUUAUGAAGUAUCCUUUGUUUUUGAAGAGCUUGAUAGAUACCCUUCCUCCAAUGAGUGAUGAAUACUACCGUCAUAUGGAAUGCAUGAAUAAUUUAGAUGGUGAGAUUCGCCGAUUUGAGGAACACAAGAGCCAUAUGGAACACCUCAUUGAGAUUCAACAUCGCACAAAAGGACUCGAGGAGUAUGCAUUUGGAUUGGCAGAUACCAAUCGAUAUCUGGUACAUCAAGGGUGGCUCACACUGGUGCCUGGUACUCGUAGCACAAUCCAAGGCAAACUUGUGUACAGCUUUGAUCAGCUUGCCACGUAUCUGAAAAGCCAAACCAACCAAGUUUACGUUUUCUUAUUCAAUGACCUGAUUUUAUUCACCAAGAUACGCUCAAAGCGAUUGAGUGAUAUUGAGAUAUCCAAGCCUAAUUCCACCAUUGGGCCCCAUCCAGCAACUUUAUUUAAGUUGGUUUUACCUCCAUGUCAACUAACCUACCUUGAUCGAUGCGUCAAAGCCAAGGUUUCAUCCAGCAAACCAUCACUUUUGAACAAAAGCGUCCGCUUCCGAUCGAAUGUAUUCUCAUCAUCCAGCCACAUUACGCCAUCACGAUCCUAUCAUGAACAUGCCAUGAAUGGACAGGAUGAAAUUGAGCCUCUUCAGUUUAUGUGCGCUGUCGCUCAUAAGAAUGUUACUAAUUUAUGUUUGGAAGCAUCAUCCAUCAGCGAAAAAGAGUACUGGUGCAAUCAACUACAAUCAGUGUGGGACCAACAUUGUAAACGAUAG